UAGAAAGUACGAUUUUAGAAUGAGAUUUUACGUGGUAGCACUUAAAAGUCAAUCUGCAUAACGACAUCUGCGCGUGCACAAUAAUUUCAGUUACGUUUUAUUUUGUAUUUGCAAUUGAAGGAAACAAUAUACUUUGCAUUGUAAUUUACCAUACAAAACUAAUAAUUAAUUUUCCCGAGAACAAGCCUGCGUUGCGAUGCAAUAAGUUAAAAUAAAGUGUACGCGCUUAAAUUAUAGAUAUAAAACUUUCGCUCUCUUCGGUUAUAUGCAAGCAAUUAAACGGCGAAUAAUGCUUCCUAUUCGCAAUUCACACAGUCAGCAUUGUAUGUAUACUUAUUCCAUAAUUACCACACUUUCUAGGACAUAAUCAUAAAUAUAAAGCGCGAGGUCCGUCGUGUCUCACGCGAAGGAAGGCGUUUUUGCGUUUUCAUUUGCUUGACCUUGACAAUUCUAUCGCAUUUGCAAAAAGAUAUUUGUUAUCGACAGUAAUACUUCGACUAAUCUGGGAGCCGUGUCUAACAUUAGAUGUCCGGGAGAUGACUGGGUAUUGAGGAGGAGAGGGCGCAGUAGCUUCGAAGGUUGCUGCCGCCUCGGUUUGGUGGAAUGGAGAUGAACGGCACCGAAAGCAGCCUGAACGGCACCGAGGUCAAUCGCACUUCCGCGCCGAUCUUCACCAUAGGCACGGACUACAUCACGCAAUGGAAGCUGAAGAGACAACGGGAUCGCCUAUGUCGAUUUCUGUCUGACACGUUGAAGUUAGAAUGUACCUCAUUCAAUGGAACAUGGCCUGACCCGGAUGACCCGCGCUGGAUCAGCGGCGAAUACGCGGAACUUCUGCCCGAAUGGUUCUCGACAAACGUAACGAAUACCUCGACUUUUGGAAACGCAACGACUUCGCCAACGUCGGAUGAAUCUCUGGUGCCCGUUUUGCCACCAUUUACGCUCUGGCAGACCGUACUGAUUGCUAUCUGUCUGGCGAUAUGCAUACUGCUAACUAUCGGCGGUAACAUCCUCGUUCUUCUGGCAUUCAUCGUAGAUAGGGCCAUCAGGCAACCGAGCAACUAUUUCAUCGCAUCAUUAGCUGCUACUGAUAUGCUUAUCGGCACCGUGUCGAUGCCGUUCUACACAGUCUACGUGCUAAUGGGAUAUUGGAAUCUGGGACCUCUCCUCUGCGAUCUAUGGCUGUCAGUGGACUAUACGGUAUGCCUUGUGUCCCAAUACACUGUUCUCCUGAUCACGAUCGAUCGUUUCUGCUCGGUGAAGAUAGCAGCUCAGUAUCGCAGCUGGCGGACGAAGCAGCGUGUAAUCUGGAUGGUGACUAUCACCUGGAUCAUACCGGCGCUACUGUUUUUCAUCAGCAUCUUCGGCUGGGAGCACUUCAUCGGUUACAGAGACCUAAAUCCAGGCCAGUGCGCCGUACAGUUCCUCAAGGAUCCGGUAUUCAAUACCGCGCUGAUAAUAGGAUAUUAUUGGACGACGCUGAUCGUUCUGUUCAUUCUUUAUGGCGGCAUAUACAAAACCGCCUACGAUAUGCAGAAGAAGAGCGAGGCCAAGCAGCGCAAGAUGCAGUCAAUGGUCGCGCUGAGCGCCGGCGCGAUGUCCGGUAUGGCCGGUCGCGCUGCCGGUAUAGGUAUGUCGAAGACACAAAGCACCUUGCUGAGUCAGGACAAACCGAAGAUCGGGACCACGUCGAUGGAUGACAGUGUUGUCGGUGCGGAUGCCACGACCAUGCAGAAGACGACCGCGAAGACCACCGAUGGCGCAACGACGCUGGACUCCUCGAGCAAAAAUGUUUCCGCGAAUAUCACGGUGACGGAAACCGAGAAGUCCGAACGUUCCAGUAGCCCCGCCUUCGAUUCCGACGAGGAGAGCACCGCCGGUACCGCUCAGCAAGUCAGUAUCAGAAAACGAUCCUCGCUGGCAGGUCUGGUAGCUCAGUCCGGCGCUCUCCAGGUUUUCGCCACUAACGGACGCCUGAACGGCAUCGUGCCGAUCAAGGUCGAGCUGAGUGUGCCAACGACGAGGAAACUAUUGCCGACGAGUCCUACGCGCGACACCCCGACGCAGAAAGCUCAAACACUGCCGAAGAUACAGGAGUUCAGCCUCCUGGACACCGACAAUCCCGCCGAGCCCGACAGGUCCAGCAGCCGGACGCUAACGCCCGAACAAUCCUUGAAAUCGAAUGACCCCGACGGCAAUCAACAACUGAUCGCCUCGGCCGAGGCGACGCCGCCCGCUCAACUUAAACGAGCGUCGAUCAAUAGCAGUCAACAAAACAUCAUACCGCCGCCCAUGCAGUUCCAGAGCAGCCCGCCGAUCUCGGACAGCCCGACGACGUCCUCGUCCACCGACAGACCCAGGUCGUUGAUCGUACGCUCCCAUGGUCACGGCACCUACGACAUCCUCACCGGUCUGGACGGCGGUGAUUUACGAUACAUGGACGAGAGUUCCAUCAUCGUGCCCAGUCCUUCUUACGAAAGUCCACCGUCUUCCUUCUCCUGCAGCCUGGCGAAUCCGUUGUCGACGGCACCGCCGUCGCCUAUCCUGGGAACCACCAUGACGGCCGGCGCGAGUACCAGCUUGCUGCAAACCGCUCUGAUCAGAGCGACCGCUCAGCAAGCUGGUACCAAUCAACUCGCUCAGAUCGCGCAGAGCAAACAGCAGCCACAGCACAAUCCACCAACGAUGUCGAACGCAUCGAGUCAAACGCACCCGCCGCGCGUGUUCAUAACGCAUCAGACGAACGUCGCGUCGCAGACGUCGCCCACCGUCAGCAAGGUGCACACGGAGGUCUCGGUCAAUGCCGACGGGACGAAGCGUCAACCGGUGACGACGGUGGUCACAACGGCCGCGGCAAUGCCGAUGGAAUCGUCCAACGGCACGACCGAUCGAUUCUCGGAUCAGCCUAUCAAGACGAGCAGUAAUCAGCCGCAGAACUCGUCGUCCAGCAGCAUAAUACCGCUGGUCUCGGUCGCCACCGGUAACAAGGAGACGAGGAGUCAGUCGUCGAAGAAGGAAACGUCGGAUGCGGAGCAGAGCGGCUCCCGGCGUGACUUCGUCAAGUCCAUCGGGAAGCGUUUGAAGGCGAAAACGCAGAAGAAGGAUCUCACGGUAGGCCGGCAGAAAUCACGAACGGAGAACAGGGCGCGCAAGGCCUUUCGCACGAUAUCCUUUAUCCUGGGGGCGUUCGUCGCUUGCUGGACACCUUAUCACAUAUUGGCACUGGUAGAGGGCUUCUGUGCGAAUCCACCGUGCACGAACGAGCACCUCUUCAUGUUCUCAUACUUCUUGUGCUACGCCAACAGUCCCAUGAAUCCUUUCUGCUAUGCCCUGGCGAAUCAGCAGUUCAAGAAGACCUUCACCAGGAUAUUGAAGGGAGAUCUGCACAUGACGUAAAGUAGUCGCGGGCGAGAGAAGGGAGAGAAUGCUCGUUUUGAUAAUGUAGAUAACGUAAGAUAACUAACACAGACUCGCGAAGAAGAUGGCCUUCCAUACCUAAUACCGAAUUACACUCACUUGUCGUAACUGUGGUGAACUCGGACAAUAAUAAAAUGAGAAUAAUAUUUUAAGACUCGCCGGCGAAGUCAAGUGUUACGAGCCUUUUGUACAUAAUACUAUAGCACACUCGAGCUGAUUGAAAGUUAUACUCGUUUGUACAUACGCUGUACACAUGUGUGAAUAUUUAUUAACAUUUACAGUGAGCAGGACGCGUGCGUACGAC